GUCUCAUCUCAUGCGCUUUAACCCGCGCUAGCGUGUUUCUUCCCCAACACCUACAUACAUACAAUAUCCGUUAGAACCUUCAGGUCUCUGUAUUUUGCAACCCUCCCUCUCUCUCUCUCUCUCUCUCUCUCUCUCAAAGCUCUAACAUGGAGUACAGAACCUUAGAAAUCAACGUUACCUCUGCCAAAGACCUCAAAGAUCUCAACCUCUUCUCGAAGAUGGACGUAUACGUCGUCGUCUCACUCUCCGGCGACAAGCAAAAGGCCAAAACCAAAGUCGACCGAGAAGGUGGCACCAGCCCCUCCUGGAACUUCCCGGUGAAAUUCACCAUCGACGAGUCCGCAGCCCGACAAAACCGACUGAACCUCGAGUUCAAACUCCGCUGCGACCGCAGCCUCGGCGGAGACAAAGAUGUCGGCGUAGUGUACGUUCCCGUCGCAGAGCUUCUCAACUCCACCGGCGACGGUAAAUCCAUGCAGUUUGUGAGUUACCAGGUGACCAAACCCUCCGGAAAGCCCCAAGGCAUGCUCAACUUUUCGUACAAGUUUAUCGAGAAAGUGGCCGCAGGCGGUGAGCCCCUGGUGCCAGAGGCUAAGGCUCACGAGCCUGUUACUGCAUAUCCCGCUCCUGUGGUGGGGACUAGUGCGCUACCAUACGAUGGGCUCUAUCCUCCGGCUGCCGCUCCUCAUCCUCCUCCUCCACCAUAUGGUAUUGGUUACCCGCCGCCUCCACCGGGUUACGGGUACCCGCCGCCUCCGCCGGGUUACGGGUACCCGCCGCCUCCGCCGGGUUACGGGUACCCGCCGCCUCCGCCUCCGCCGGGUUACGGGUACCAACCGGGCGUGCAGCAACCGCAGAAGAAGAACAAGUUUGGGAUGGGAUUGGGAGCUGGAUUGCUAGGAGGAGCGCUUGGGGGGCUGUUGAUCGGAGAUAUGGUGUCCGAUGCAGGGUGUGACGCAGGAUUUGGUGACUUUGGUGCAUUUUGAUUUUUUUUUUUCCUUGUGUUUUUGUUUGACUUUUCUAAUUAGAUGGUUUGGUUGGUUGCGUGGAAAAUGGCGGCUUUUGACUUUUGAUAACAUUGCAAUUUUCUGGGACUGUUGGGACAUUGUAGGGCACAUAGCUUAAGGUUUACAUCUGAAUUCUUCUUGUUAGUUUAUUUUCAGAUAUUUUGAAGUAGGAUAAGGAUCAUGCGUUGUGUUUGUAACCAAAGUGCUGGGUGUGGAUAAGGAUCAUGCGUUGUGUUUGUAA